AUGUCAACAGCUACUUUAAUUAAUUUGGUACGAAACGGAGGCUAUCAAGUAAGCAGGAGAGCCGUGCUGACCUCCUGCCUCCUCCAAGAGGAGAAGCGGCCGGCGGCCGCCUGCUACAGCUCCACCUCCGAGCGCCGCCCUUCCCGCUUCGGCUCGGACGGCAGCGGGCGACCUACCACAUGGGACACCUUCGGCAUCUGGGACAAUCGUAUCGAUGAGCCUAUUCUCCUCCCGCCCAGCAUCAAGUACGGGAAGCCGAUUCCUAAAGUCAGCCUGGCCAAGGUGGGCUGCGCCAGCAUCAUCGGGAAGCGGAAGGAGAACGAGGACCGGUUCGACUACGCUCAGCUGACCGAGGACAUCCUGUACUUCGCGGUGUACGAUGGGCACGGCGGGGCAGCGGCGGCAGACUUCUGUGACAAGUAUAUGGAAAAAUACAUUAAAGAAUUUCUUGCUGAGGAGGAGAACUUGGAAAAUGUUUUGAACAAAGCUUUCCUAGAAAUAAACAAAGCCUAUGAAAGGCAUGCUCACCUGUCUGCUGAUGCAACUCUGAUGAACUCUGGGACCACUGCAACAGUGGCUCUGCUCCGGGAUGGAAUUGAGCUGGUUGUGGCGAGUGUGGGAGACAGUCGUGCUCUGCUGUGUCGAAAGGGAAAGGCCAUGAAACUCACCAUUGACCACACUCCAGAGAGAAAGGAGGAGAAGGAAAGGAUUAGGAAGUGUGGUGGCUUCGUUGCCUGGAACAGUGUGGGACAGCCUCACGUGAAUGGUAGACUUGCAAUGACACGGAGCAUAGGAGAUCUGGAUCUUAAAAACUGUGGUGUGAUAGCCCAGCCAGAAACAAAAAGGGUGCAGCUGCACCAUGCAGAUGACAGCUUUCUGGUCCUCACCACAGAUGGUAUUAACCUCAUGGUGAACAGCCAGGAGAUCUGUGACUUCAUUAAGCAGUGCCAUGAUCCUGCUGAAGCUGCCCGCAUUGUUACUGAACAGGCAAUGCAGUUUGGCACUGAGGACAACAGCACCAUUGUCAUCGUGCCCUUUGGAGCUUGGGGCAAGUACAAGAACAGCGAGAUCAACUUCUCCUUCAGCCGCAGCUUUGCUUCCAGUGGGAGGUGGGCCUGA